GUGUACAUUGUAACUAAGAAAAACAACCCGCCAAAUUAUCAAAUUAUCGUGUUUGAAGUAAUGUAACAUUACAUAUGUGUAAUCAAUGCAGAUUCUCCGUUAUUUGGUUUUUCAAUACUAAGAUUUAAGACAUUUCCUCGGGCACCUGAAAAAUGGAAAACUCAAAUUGAAGAAGUUCGCGCAAAGCUCACCCUGACCAUGGUAAACUUCAUUAAUUUGGUAUGAAGCUAAAAGAUGACGGAUUUCAAUAAAAGGAUAACAAGUUCAGAUGUUUUGACUUUUGAUCCUGAGGAAUCACUUCUCAGAGGGCAGAUUCCCCUGAAAGAGUUUGGGGAUAUUCUAAAGAAUCAGGAUGAAACAAAGGUCACGAAGAUAAGUUUUUCACGGAAUGGCUAUUGCAAUGAUGCAGUAUUGAAACUCAUUCAGUCAUACAAAAAGAGAGACUAUGAGAACUUGUUAGAGGUCAAACUUGAUGGAUGUUUUUUAAUUACAAAUGCUGGUAUCAAAUGGCUGUCUGAUGUUAUUCAAGGUGCCAAAAAUCUGAAAAAGAUUACUUUAGAUGGAUGUAAGGAUUUGACAGAUAAUGAGUUAUAUUUAAUUGCUAAGACAAUGGGACCUUUCUGUGAGAUCAACAUGAGGGGCACAUCUUUAAGAUAUAUCACUGAUAUAGAAAGAAACAGGGUCAAUUGUCUUGGUUGUACUAUCCUGGGUACUGAUUCUAUAGUGGAUAUGAAAGACAGUCAUGCUGUAAUUGUUCCACAUGACAGUAUGGAAAAUAGUCUGGCUCAUUUAAUUAUGGAAAACAAAACAGUGAAAAGACAAACAUUUCAUCAUAUGACAGAUUUUAAGACAGAUGGGAAUUGGAACUUUACAUUGACAGAACUGGCUUUAACACAACCGCUGUUUGAUAUUGUGGUAAGCAGAAAUCUCUCCCAGGUUAUUAUACCGUUUAAUGGAGCAGCAGACACACAGGAUGUUAAAAAGCAUGUUAGAGAAACAGUAUUAAAAAUUCUUUCUAAAACACCAUUUGUUGGAAGUUACAGAAAAACACAACAACAAUUAGAGGAGACAUCUAACCCUCCAUACCACUAUGGAACAGCACAUCUACAACUUAUGCCAUUAGUUUACUUCAGAGAUAUAAAGAAACAAAUGGUACCAAUAGUGGACAGUGAUGGAAAUGAAAAAGGACAGUUAGAGUUUUGCAUAACGCUUGAAGAGCAAGACCAAUCAUUGAAUGUGGAAGAAAAGCCGAAACAAGCUGUAAAAUUGGUUGGACAGGAACUUAAAUUUAAACUCAAGAUUAACUUUGGUAAAGGACUGUCACCAGAAUUACAAAGUAGCUAUUGCAGGUUUAAAUUUUUCCAUGUAGUUAACCAUUAUAUAAGUACAUCUGAGAUAGUUGGUAGUAGUCCUUACUACAACUAUGAGAGAGACUUUGUUAUACGAUCAGUUAGACAAAAGGUUAUAAAAUAUUUUGAGGAGUCAUCCUUGAUAAUUGAAGUAUGGGGAAGGGACAGAAAGGAGGGGAAAAUGUCCUCUGAUUCACAGGGAACCAGUAUGACAGAACCUCAGUCUGUAUACAAAGGAUGUGAGUUUAUCAUUUUGGAAACGGGGAACAAACCAGAAGGCCUAGACCGAGUUAAAAUAAAGGCAGACGAUUUUAGCAGUACUUUGAAACAGAUCAAUGAUUGUAUUGUUCAACAUGAGCAAAACCUUCAGUACUUAGAUCUUCAUGGUCAGAGAGUAUAUUCAUCACUUUAUGAAAUGAAGGAGAAAAUUGAAGAAUUCUGCAGACAUAUUGACACUAUUCAUUAUAUGUCUACAGACAUAACAACCAUUCAGGGAUCUAAAAUCCUGGUAGACAAAAUGAUAGACAUAAUUGAAAACAACAAAUAUCAUCAAGAAAUCAAGUAUAGCAUUCCCCAGAAAAACAAAAGGAUUUUAAAUAUCGUUCUAGAUAUUAUUAAAGCAGACAAAAUUGUGGAAUUCGGCUCUGGUGCUUUUAGUUCUGAUGAAAGAAACCUGAAAAUUCCUGGUCUAGAAAUUUUUGAGCUUGCAAAAACUUUACAUGAACAGGGUAAAAUUGGUUUUAUUGCCAUGGGCUCAAAGACUGUGUUUGCAGAUAUUGAGUUCUUGGAGGCUAUGAUGUUAAAGCUAACGGAAAAAUCAAAUAUGCAGGCAUGCAAACAAUUAUCUACAUCCAUUGGUGAAUUAACACAAGUGUGGACAUCAAAUACAGCUGAAAGUCAUUUUUGGGGCGGAAAUCAAGAAAAGAGUCCAACAGAUUUGAUAAUGGAAAUUUUAAAGGAAUAUCUUGGUUUGAUACACAUACCAGCAUGGAGACUUCAGUCUACAGAUCCACAAUAUUUGUACACUGUCACUGCUGCACUGAGUGCACCAGAUUUACCAUUGAAUGAUUUCUGGAGAAAAGAAGAAAAAGACAAAAAUAUUAUUACCAUGAAGAAAGUGUACAGUGUUCUCCAUUUGGCUUCUCACACAUUGUUGGCAGGGAUACUUUCAUGUAGUACAGAGUAUGGUAGAACAAUACUUCUUUCUGCAGAUGGGGCUGUUUUUCAAAUUGGAUGUGUGCAGACAGCAGUUAUUAAAGAAUCGGACAGCAAUGGAAAACUCCAGAUAUCAGUUGAAUCCAGAUGUUAUUUUCCUGAAGUUAAAUCUGAACCAGUAAAUCCUGAUACAGAAUUUUAUACUAAAGAGUAUACUUGGAACAUUUUCUGUCUGUAUACAGAUAUUAUAGACAAGGUGUUGAAACAGUCACUGGUAGUGUAUACUUUGUGGAGUGAUAUUCCACAAGAGUAUGUAAAUGUGUCAGUUGGUUGCAGCCAUUCCUGGGGAUCUAACUUUAUUAGGCCAAGACAGACAGUUUGUACACUAUGUAAUAAAUGUACUGACAAAGGCAGGAAGUGUCAAUAUAAUGGAAUGAUUGGAGAUUAUUUACGGCAAUGUUUAUGCAAGACAGAACUAUCUGGAUGUGCAAGUUGUGGAAUAUGUGUCCAAUGUGUAGAAAGACAUUGGGACAUAAGAAGUUAUUUGAGGCCUUUAGCAGCAUGUCCAAACAUAGGCCAAUAUGAAAAUAAACAAGCAGAGAAAAAUGAUUUGGAGCCUGAAGAUGACCAGAAAAUUGAACUAGUAGAAAAUCCAUUUGAAGAAUUAGCAAUGAAUGCAGAAAUAUUGAAUGAAGAAAUAGAAGUACAAUCUCACGAGAAAACAGUUGAUUUUAUACAAUCAGAAUUAGAUCCUAUUGCAAAUAAUGAGUUUGAAGUGCAGCAUAUUGCUGAUGGAAUUUUAGGAGUUGUUCUGAAGGAAAUUGACACUGGAGAAAUGAUAAGUGUAUACCCAGGCAAAGCUACAGCCAUCAUAAUUGAUGAAAACUUGAAAGAAAGUGAAAUUGCUCAAAAUAUUUCACGUCUAAGCUCUAAUAUGAUAGGUUACAAGUACAAGUUUUAUCCAGGAGAUAGUAUGAAAAUUAAAAUUACUGACCCCUUCAGGGCAUUGCAAAGAGAGAAGUCCACUUCAGAAAAUAUAUCACAGGAAUCAAAAGUAGUCUAUCACACUGCAGUGUGCACAAAAGCAAUGAUCAGUCAUGAAACUGGUAUUCUCUGCUACCAUGCACCAUUGUCUCAAGAGAGAUCGUCUCAUAAAGCUUAUUUUAUUGGUUCCAGGCCUUUCUCUGAGAACUUCAAGUCAUUUAGUAUAAAAAUCCUUGAAAUAGGUGAACAGAAAUACAUUGGAAUUGGAGUAAGUGCUGACAGGUCUUUUCAGCUGUCUGAAAGAUCAGCACGGGAAUUGAGGCAGGCUAAUUUUAUAAAGUACUACAUCAACAAAGGAGGGAUAUAUAAUUCAGGAAAAGCUAUAGUGCAGAAAGAUGGCAGUAAUAUUGGUGAUGUUAUAACAGUUAAUUGUGAUGUCACAACAAACAAGCUGAGGUUCCUCAGGAAUGAUGUUGUGUUUUACGAAGUUGCCGUUGAGAUGCCAGAAGGAGGAUAUUAUCCACAAAUAAGUAUGAACUCAGAAGGGGAAUGUGUUCAGUUGAUGGAAAUAAAUCCUUGGAUGCCUGAUUUAGAAAGGAUGAGAGAUUUGAAGAAACCUACAGCCUUUAAUAUCUACAAGUAUAGUGAUUUAUGGAUCAGUCCAGGGAAGACUUUGAUGAUGACCAUGAAGAGAAUAAAGAAACCAACAAGGACAGUAAGACAAAUGCAUGGAUGGAUAAUUCUUCAUAAUCCAACUGAUCAACUAGUUUUAUAUAUGAUUCAGCCUAAACUACUAACCAACUACCUAAAACAAGGAGAAGGAUGUUUAAAACCAGGAGAAUCCCUCCCGAUUCCUGUUUCUCAACAGCUUCAAAAUCAUGGACUAUCUCCAAUAGAAACUGGAAUAAAGAUUGUAUGGCUAAAAGUAGCAGAGAACAAACCAUACUCGACAGAAGAUGUAAUACAGAUGUUUGAGAAAGCCAAUAAAGCUGACAUUGGUCAACAUAGGUUGAAUUGUGUAGGUGAGUCCAAUUACUCUGGAGAUACAGAAACCUUACCACUCUUCAAUGAAUUCCAAAAUCCUCUAGAGGAGAUUUAUAAGCUAGAAGUAUACAAAAAUUGUGAAUUGGUCAACUCCUACUGUUUGAGGAAAGGCAAAUACAUGGUUGAUGUCUAUAAUCUGGUUCCAGGCAAGACUGCCAAAUAUAUACUGAAAAGACCAAAAUGCCCUUCUUUUCUGUAUCCAGCAUCUGUAAGAAGGGGAAUGAAAGUGAUCUUUAAUGUGGACAGUGGCAUAUUUGCUGAAGCUGUUGUGACUGGAAAGGUUGACAGAGAUUACAGUUUAGUGUAUACUCCAUAUGGCAGAAAAGACAGUACUAGGAAAGUAACAUGGAUCCUUAAAGAUACAUGUGUUGGUAUUGAAGAUUUAGAUUGGCAGAACAGGACAGACGUAAUGUCAAUGAAAGACUUUAUGAAAUACUCAAAGUCAGUUGACAGUACCCUUCUUUAUGAAACAUACAUACCAGCACCUCCAUAUUUAACUACCAAGGGAAGUGCAUUUAUGUUAAACAGUAUAAACCCAAAGUGGCAGACAGAUACUUUAAAGUUGUUCAGUUCAUGUAAACAGUCCAAUACAAGACCAACAAUACAAGAACAGGCAAUUACUGUCAGUUCAAGAACUCUCCUCAAAUGGGUGACAUUUCCAAAAACUUCAAAUUCAUCCGUUUUCCUUCCAUCUACACUGGACGACAUGACUUUGAAGCAUCCAAAGGUCACAACAAUGUUCAGUGAUGUUAAAAUCAACAGACUUUGUUGUGUACAUGAAAAGUACUUUGAUCAAAAGUUGAAAAAGGAGGCAGCAGAUCAAAUGGAUCGAGGAGACAGGCUUAAUGUUACAUUUGGAAUAAAGAAAUGGAAAUUGCCAAAUGUAAAAUCCUUGUAUAAUAAUACUCGGAAGAACUUUAUAAGCAUUGAAGAUGGUUUGAAAGAGAAGACAUACAAACUUAAGAAGCCACAGGAAAUAUGUGUCCAUUUUAUGGAUAUCCCAGGAUUUCCUGUAAAGCAGUUUGUUCCUGUGGAUCUAAGUUAUGGAUGUUUAUAUCAGAGUUGGACUUAUGUUGCAUUAUUAGCAUAUCAGCUCUUAGUUCCAUCUUUUGAACAGUUGAUUUCAACCAAAGGCUUGGAAAGAAAACAGAUUGAAAGUUUACUGUACCAGCUGAUACAACCUUAUGCUUCACUGUGUUGUAUUUAUUCUACUCAGUACGGUGGACUACCUUACCAACAGAGCCCUGCAAAUUACAGUGAUGGAAUUGAUGACCUUUACAUGGACUCACAAAUAGCACUCUCUGUAAUAGACGACCAAAGAAGCUAUAAUAUGAUGAAAGACACCAAUAAAUUUAAAAGAAUGCUAAAUUUUUUGGCAUGUAAAGCACACAGUAAUGGCAUGCGUGCUCAGAAUCUCUUUCCUCUGAUAAGGUUUUCUCUAGAAAAGGAAUUUUAUCAUCCAUACUCUGAAAAUCUGAGUACACUGCUAGUCAAUGGGGUACCUUUGGACACAUUACCAGAUGAUGUUUUCCAAACUUUUAGAAAAUUGAAGGUUUUUGCUAUCACAGAUGUGCCUAUGGAGAAGACACCUAUUUUUCCAUCCGGCAUGUCCAAAUGUUCAAAUCUAGAGAUUGUAUUUCUGAGUGGUAUGCAUGGUUUGAAGGAACUACCAAGUGAUGUCAUUUUAGGACCAGCUCUUAGAAUAUUCCAUAUUUACCAUAUUCCCAUUAAGAAAUUAAACAUUGAUUGGCCUGUAUCCAGUUUGUUGACCUCUUUAACAUUAACUGGAUUACUGUUAGAGGAGGUACCAGUUAAAAUCAGUAAUUUACACAGACUGGAGGAACUAAUUUUAGAUUACAAUCCAAUUACAUCUAUCCCAGAGGAGAUUGGACGUUUGAAAAAGCUGAAAAUUCUUAGCAUGAAAGGUAUACCAUGGAUACAUUUACAACAAAAGUCAGAAAUAUCAAAAGCAAUGUACACACAAUGGUAUGCAGAUACUCCAUGCAUUAGAAACUACUUUAGUGAGGAGGAGUUUGAAGAACUAUUUAGUAAGUUUGAUUUGAACAACAACAACAUACUGGAUCAGCAUGAAUUAGCCAGACUGAACAUGUAUUUACUUCUGAAUAUACCUCGUAUUGGCCUUAAAUCAUUAGGAGACAAGGAGUAUGGUGGAAUCCCUCCUGCUAUUUUUAGACUGAAGUCAUUAGAGCAGUUAAACUUAUCGUAUACAGCCAUAACAAUGGUGCCAUACCAAGCUAAAAAUUUGUUGGAACUUACUUCCCUUAACUUGGGGCAUUGUCCAUUGUUAGAGGGUAUAUCUGGAGAUGUUGGACUUUUGCCUAACCUAAAGAGUAUUAAUUUGAACAACUGUCCCUCCUUAGAAACACCUCCACAAGAUAUUGUUGGACGUGGGGUUGCUUCUGUCAAAGCUUUUCUAAAGAGAAUUGCAGGAGGAUUUAUAGAAUGUCAUCGCACAAAACUUAUGUUCAUAGGACUAGGACAAGCUGGCAAAACAACAUUACUGAAUGCAUUAAGAAGUGAGAAGAAGAAGACUGAGAAAACAGAGGAUGUUGAACUGACUGAUGGGAUAGAUAUAAUACCUUGGAUUGUACCAGUUGAGCAUGAGGGCAGAAAAAUAGACAUUACCUACAGUUGUUGGGACUUUGCAGGACAAACUGUAUAUUACAAUACCCAUCAGUUUUUCCUGUCCAAGCAAGCAGUAUAUGUGUUAUUAUGGAACAUGAGGAUGGGAUUUGAGCAUGCUGGACUAGAUUUCUGGUUGAGUUCUGUAGCUUGCCACUGUCCAGAUGCCCCUGUCAUCAUAGUUGGAACACAGUUAGAUCAGAUUCCUAUGCCAGACAUGCCUGAGGCAGAGCUUAUGGAGAAAUAUCCACAGAUUAAAAAAUUCUGUUAUGUCAGCUCUACAGCUGGAACAAAUAUAGCUGAGUUGGAGCAGACAUUGACUAAUGUUACCAUGCAUCACUGUUCUCAAAUGACAAUGAAAAUACCAAAAGUUUGGCUUAGUUUUGAGAAUGGAAUUUUAAAGGAAAGAAAUGAAGGAAGAAAUAUAAUGGAGUGGACAUUAUUGAGAAAAUGUGCUAUAAACAAUGGUAUCUAUGAUGAUAGUGAUAUAAGGCUUGCUGUAGAUUUUCUGAAUGAUUUAGGUACAGUACAGCAUUUUGACACAGAAUUUCUACGUGAUCGAGUUGUUAUUAACCCACAGUGGAUUGUAGAUGUUAUGGCAAAGGUUGUGUCUGUAAAUGAGAAAGCAAUAAAGGAGAAUCUUGGAAGGUUUUACCACAGUUAUAUUCCAGAAAUCUGGAAGGACUAUGACAAAAGUCUUCAUCAGUGGAUGCUGAAACUAACUGAGACGUUUGAUCUGACAUUUCCAUUACCUGAGGAAAAUGAAAAGUAUAACAUAGUUCCAUGUUUAUUGCCAGAAACAAAACCUCUCAAUUUGCCUUGGCCAUAUCUGAGUGAAGAAGAAGAAAUUAGAGAGAAGACAAUUUUGUACAAGUUUGCAUAUCUUCCUAGCGGUUUGUUCAAUAGAGCACAGGCUAGAUUGUUCAGUCAAGGAUUUACUGACCAUGAUUUACUACAGUUUUUAUGGAAGAAAGGAUCCAUAUUAAAGAAAAAUCAGCACUAUGCCUUGGUCAGACAGUUGAAUGAUUAUGAAAUGAUAGUAUCAGUGCAGGGACCAAGACCUAAAAAUGUACUGGACCUGAUCCAUGAGACAUUAACUACCCUGAUAUCAGAGGCCUUCGAUGGAGUGCACUAUGACUACUUCAUACAAUGCCCAGAUUGUGUUGAAAAAGAGGGAACCAAAGAACCUUUUCUGUUUAAAGCAGAGUUGAUAAGCAGGGCUUAUAGUGUUAAUGCUCCGUUCCUGCAGUGUACUAAGUUCUUUCAUACAGUAUCCAUAGGAGAAUUGCUCAGAAUAAUGCCAGACAAUAAAGAGACAGAGUUUGAUGCUCAGAUGCAGGAGAGUAUCAGCACUUUAGAAGAAAUCAGUAGAAAUAUAGCACAAGAUGUUGCCAUUUUGUAUUGUAAUGGUGAUUUGCCAUCAUUGCCAUUUCAUUCUAGUACCACAGCAGAGAAUGCUGCUGGAAUGGCUGUUGAUCCCAGAAAUAUUCAUGAAGACUUAAAAAAGACUGGUUAUAAGUGCUGGUUCCCUGAGGAUAUUGACAACAUAUCAGACAUGGAAAUGACUAUGGCUCUUAAAAAUUCAAAGGUAUUGGUUGCAUGCAUGUCUGAACGCUUUGUCAAUCAAGAGAAAUGCCACAGAUGGUUCCUAUACGCUAUAGAACAAUUACACAAGCCUUUUGCCAUCGCAGUGAUCAAUGAGUCCCUUGAAUGGAAGCACACAGACAUUGGAUUUAAAAUUGGUAACCCUAGAUUUGCAAUGAUAAAGAAUAUGAAAAGGUAUCCAGAGAAAAUAAAGGACUUGAUAGAUAUUAUCAAAGGUCAUAUGGAAAUAAUAGAGAAGAUGAAACUGAAAACCCCUGAAGUAUUUAUAAGUUACUGUUGGGCAAACUCUCAGGAGGCGUGUUCAAUUACAACAAAAGCUAAAGAUGGAUCCAUUGGUUAUGGUGAUCCAAGAGUAAUGAAGACACACCUAGAAAAGAAUGGUAUUAGGUGUUGGAUGGACAUAGAACAGAUGGGAAAGUACGGACUGUAUCAAGACAUUACUGUGGGACUUCAGAAUUCCAGGGUAUUGGUGAUUUGUGUGUCCGAUGAGUAUUUGGAAUCUGACGCUUGUAUGAUGGAAGCUAGAUUUGGUGUGCAUAAUUUGUAUUUGCCAAUAGUUGUUUGUAUAGUAGGCACAGGGAAGCUCUGGAAGGAAUCAGAGGUGAGUCUAAUGAUAAAGAAGCAGCCAGAAUUAGCAACUGUUAUCAAAAUGCAGAAAAAGACUCCUGAUGUAUAUGACGAAGUCUUGACAGCUGUAAAAAAUUACCUACUACAACCUGAGACAGAUAGACAGAAAAAAGUCAGAGAAAAGCUGGAGAAAGCAAAAACAAAACUAAAGAAGAAGGGAAACUUGGUGGAAAAAUUAAAGCAACAAGGAGAUACAAAUUUGUCCUUUCAGGAAGAGGUAGAACUUAUACAGAGAAAGUUCAUGAGAUAUGUAACAAAGUUAUCAAUGAUGGAAGACACGUACAUUCCAAGACUAUUGGUUGUUGAUUUACAUGACAAAAAACAUUCAACAAAUUCACUAAUGGACAAUUUACAGUAUGGAAGUCCAGGAUAUAUUGAUAUGGUGUUGAAAGCCAUUGAUGUAGCAUAUACUGGUGACAACACCAAGGCUAAGGAAGAAAUUGAAAAAAUACAAUGCACAAUAACAGCUCUAGAAAAUGGUAAUGAGGAGAAUCUGCCUUCAGAGUUAAAAUGGGCUUUACAAUUGGUACAAAGAGAGUCAAAACAAUUAGAUGGGAAAUUCUAUGAACAUGAUGAAAGAAAUUCAAUCCCAUUAAGUCUCAAGGAAAGAUUAAUGCCUGAACCAAAAGAGAAGCAGGAUUUAGAAAUAAAACGCAAAGAACAGUUUAAAAUUCAAUUUACACAAAGAAUUCUAAGUAAUAUAUCAGCAAUUUUAGAAGACAGCAUAGAUGAUGAAUGGAAAGAAAGAAACCUUAACCUCAGAGUGUUAUGUGAAUAUGAACAGGGAUGGCAUUUCUAUGGAAUUACAGUUGACCUUGAAAAAUUUACUGGUAAAGAAAACCUGAUGAAAGUUCUGAAAGAUAUAUCUCCAUAUUUAUCUAGAUUUUAUGCUAUUCUUAAACAAAAUGGAGUUGACCUGCACUGCAUGGAAUCUUUAAGUGGAGAAAAUUUCCUCAAGUUUAUACAAAAGGAGGGAACAAGCACUAAAAAUUUCACUGAAGCUUACAGAGCUCUCCGUAAAGUGAUAGAAGAUUAUUCUGAAUUGGACAAGUCAUGGUUACAUGAGUUUUGGAGAUGUUGUUUGCCAAAUGGAAAAAUUGCCUAUUUAUGUAAAGACCAUAUGAGCAAAGCUGGAGCGACAAAAAUACGACAUGGGACAAGACAAGUACGACAUGUACUUACAGACCAAGAUAAACACUUUAAGGAGGCGUUAUCAGAAAAUCCAGUGAUCCUGCAGUUAAAACAAGAAGGGAUAACAAUGAAAGACCAUGAAGAAAAGAAAAUAGAACCAAAAUCUUCAGAUGGUUCUCAAGGAGAGAAUGCUGAAGAUCAAAGUGUUCCCUCUGAGAAUAAAGACAGCAGAAUACUAAAGAGUCGAGAGUCCUCAGCCGAGAGUGAAACUUCACAGCAGUCUACCUCAUCCAAACGCUCACAAAAAUCUCAGAGACGCACAAGUCAAGCAUGUUCAUUACAGUGAUAACAGACCAUGUUUAUUACAGCAAUAACAUGUACAUUGUAGAAAUUAAUAGAAGUACAUGUACAUAACAGCAAUAGUAAAUGUUACAAUAGAAGAUAUAUAUUGUAGAUGUUUUAAAAUUAUUUUUUUGUUAAUAUCAACCUUUACUGUCGUGUUACACAAGGGCACAAAGCAAAAUAAUUUCAUUAAAAUAAAAGUUGUUGAAAUUAUGAUAAUAAUAUUCAACAUCUGAAUGGAUUGCUCAAAUUUUGAAUAUAUUGUUUUAUUGUCUCUGAAGGCAAUUGAAUUACAACGAAUCAUUAUUACAGGAAAUUUUUUCAGGUUAUUUUAAAGUUGUGAGAUAGAGAUACGAAUUGAGGUUUUUAUGCUUAAAAGGAUGAAAUAAGUUGCAAAAUUUACUGUUGGUAUUAAUGUAAAAGGACAAGGUACAUGUACAAUAAGGCCCAUUUCAAACAGAAUUUGAAAACUGAGAAAA